CUCCCUCCCCCAAACCCCCACCUCGUCGGUGCCACCCCCAUUGCCGCCGCCGGAGAACCCGCCCUCUGGAGGUGCAGCCGCCCGCUGAUACCAUCGUCCUCUCCGCCGCCAUGAUUUGCGCAAUCUCCGGCGAGGUGCCGGAGGACCCGGUCCUGUCGACCAAGUCGGGGCUGCUCUUCGAGCGGAGGCUCAUCCGGCGCUACAUCGAGGACCACGGGAAGUGCCCGGUCACCAAGGAGGAACUCGCCAUGGACGACCUCGUGACGGUGAAGACCAACAAGAUUCCUAAGCCUAGACCUCUGCAAGCUGCAAGUGUCCCUGGACUCCUUGGUAUGUUUCAGAAUGAGUGGGAUGCUCUCAUGCUGUCUAAUUUUGCUUUGGAGCAGCAGCUACAUACAGCAAGACAAGAGCUCAGUCAUGCGUUAUACCAGCAUGAUGCUGCUUGCCGUGUUAUCGCCAGACUAAAGAAGGAAAGAGAUGAGUCUAGGACACUUUUGGCUCAAGCUGAAAGGCAGAUUCCUAUUUCAGCUGCAGGACCUGCGCCUGUAGCUGCUGUUACAAAUGGGAAAAGAGCUUUGGAAUAUGAAGUGGGUCCUGAUGGGAAGAAGAUACGUCCUGGUAUUAAUCCUGUCAUCAUCGAUGAAUUAACAGAAUGCAAUUCUGUGCUCUCAGCACAGCGCAAGAAACGGCAGGUACCUCCAAGUUUAGCACCAAUUGAUGCACUUGAAAGAUAUACUCAAAUCUCCAGUCAUCCACUUCACAAGACGAACAAACCAGGGAUUUUAUCUAUUGAUAUUCAUCAUUCAAAGGAUAUUAUUGCUACUGGGGGUAUCGAUACAAACGCAGUUCUUUUCGAUAGGCCAUCGGGUCAAGUAUUGUGCACUCUCACUGAUCACUCAAAGAAGAUUACGAGUUUGAAAUUUGUUCCCCGGGAUGAGCUUUUGAUAACGGGAUCAGCAGAUAAGACUGUCCGUGUAUGGCAAGGUAAUGAAGAUGGAAGCUAUGGUUGCAGGCACACAAUGAGAGAUCAUGGUGCAGAGGUUGAAGCUGUCACGGUCCAUGCUAGUCAGAAAUACUUUGCAACUGCCUCCAGAGAUAACACAUGGUGCUUUUAUGAUAUUUCAACAGGGUCUUGCCUCACACAGGUUGGCGAGGCUUCUGGACAAGAUGCAUACAAUUCAGCAGCUUUCCACCCGGAUGGUCUUAUCCUUGGAACAGGCACGUCAGAAGGUGUUAUCAAAAUUUGGGAUGUAAAAUCUCAGACAAGAGUUGCAAAGUUUGAAGGGGAGGUUGGGCAUGUUGGAACAGUGACUGCUAUGUCCUUCUCAGAAAAUGGAUAUUUCCUAGCGACCGCGGCCCUUGAUGGUGUGAAGCUUUGGGAUCUACGGAAGCUGAGAAAUUUUAGGACCCUCUCUCCAUACGAUCCAGACACACCAACAAGUUCUGUGGAGUUUGACUUUAGUGGGAGUUAUAUCACUGUUGCUGGUUCUGAUAUAAGGGUUUACCAAGUAGCCAAUGUGAAGACGGAAUGGAAUCUUGUCAAGACAUUACCAGAUUUAUCUGGCACAGGGAAAGUGACAUCGGUGAAGUUCGGGGCAGAUGCCAAGUAUGUGGCCGUAGGUUCCAUGGACCACAACCUGCGCGUAUUCGGGCUCCCUGGAGAUGAACAGAUGGAGGAGGCAAAAUCAGAAUCAGCGGUGCAAUGAGUAGACGAUGAUACAUGUUGUGAUUUUGCUCAGGGUGCCAUAACCAUUUUGCCGUUGGUAGUAGUCGGUGUCGUCGAGGAUACGCUUGAAAGAGGAAUAUGCAUGUCCCUGAACUGAAGCAGCCCGGCGGUCCAAGUAGUUGAUCAAACCUGUGGUGGGGCGAGCCACAUGUUUUUGUAAUAUAUAGGUAGAGUUACCGGAUGUAUGUAUGAACUUGAACUGUACAAGGCGGCGGUGACUUCACUGAGCAAGGUCUCAUCGUGACUUUACCUAGGUGAGGGCCAUCGGAUCAAGAUCUAAUGGACAAGAUUGGUCUAAAUUUUAUGCUCAAAAUUCAAACUGUUUAGAAAAAAUUGAAAAAAUUCAGCUAAGCCAUAUAUGUUCCAUUGAAUAUUCUGGGAAAUUUUCGUUCCAUUUGGAUAAAUGGUUUAGCAGCUAAUUGUGUUUUGAGCUUGAAAUAUAAAACCCUAUUUAAUCA